UGUCCAGCGGGGGUUUAUGUUCUGUCUACCAACUUGUUUCGUGAGUACCACUACGUGAGCAGCCCCAAGACGUGGGCUGAAGCUCAGCGGUACUGCAGAGAGAGGUACGCCGACCUGGCCACCGUGGACAGCCCAGAGGAAAACGACAGACUGCUCCUUGAACUGCAGGGAUCCGGACAGUUUGCCUGGAUCGGGCUUUACGACAACACAACGGGCUGGAAGUGGACAAUGGGAGACGAUGACUUUGUCGGCGAUAGCAGUUUCCCUCCUUGGGAACCAAAUCAGCCUGACAACUAUGGCGGCAAGCAGAGCUGCAUAGUGAUGAAUUUGAUUGGAGGCUGGCGGGAUGAAAUCUGCAACACAGAGCGCCCUUUUAUCUGCUUUGAUGAACACGGCCCUUCUAAAUACGUUGUUGUGACGACAUUCAUGUUUUGGGAAGAUGCUAAGAACUACUGUCGGUCCAAAUACACGGACCUGGUCAGAGUGUGGAACACGUCUCAGAACAAUGAAAUACACCCACUCAUUGAGAGGAACCACUGGAUCGGCCUCUACAGAGACCUGUGGGCUAACUGGUCUGACCACAGCCUACUGACCUUCACUAAUUGGGAGACGGGCCAGCCCGACAACAAAGGCAGCACCAACAUGACUUCCUGUGCUGCUGUGAAUACGAGCACCAGAACGUGGUGGGAUGUUGACUGUAGUGAAGAGCACGAGUUCAUCUGUCAGACUCUGAUUCCAUCCAGUAGGAGGUUGGAGCUGCGCUUCCAGUCUGAGGCCGACCUGACCGACCCCGACGCCCAGCAGCAGAUUUUACAGCAGCUCCACGCUAAACUGGAGACUGAUGGACUAACAGACUUCAAGCUCCGCUGGAUUGAGAAAGACGGGCAGAACUUUCACAAGGAUACAAAGCAAAAAACAUAAGAAAAAUUCAGCUUUUUAAAAUUGAGUCUUAUUAUUUCAACAGCAUCUGUAACAGAUAGUCAAAGAUAUAUUUGUUUUUUUAUUCAGCUAUCUAUUUAAGUUUCAGACAGAAGAAGCAGAAGACUUUUUCUAUCUAUGAAUUAUGUGAACAUGUAACAUUGUUUCUUUUGCUCUGCUUUGUUUUAUGAGGUUGGAAAAUUGACGGACUGUGGUUCAAAAGUCUUGAAAAAUUGUUUGUGAAUAAUUACUUGUACUACAGUCUUUUAUUUGUAGUUUAAAAUGAAAUAAAUAUGGCAUACUUGUGUGGUCUGAAUUAUGGUUUGUCUUUGAUCACUAAA